AAUUCAGGGUCACACUAACCAUCGCUCACAACCCGCAGAGCACGGCUGGGACAUUUGUGUUACUGCACCAUCGGGGAUGCCCAGCAUGCUGCUGUCCCUGAUCAGUGUCAUUGUCACCUUGGGGGUCUCCCAGGCUCAUGGACAAGGAAGAACUUGUGAUUUUCCAGAAAUAAAACACGGAAACAUAUAUGAGGAACACAGAUAUAAACAGACCUUCCCCGUUGCUACGGGAAAAUAUUUCUACUACUCCUGCGAUCGCAGCUUUGCAUCUCCUUCGCGGUCGCUCUGGACUCGAAUAACCUGCACAGAGGAAGGAUGGUCGCCAACACCCAAGUGUCUCAGACAGUGCUUCUUCCCUUGGGUGGAAAAUGGUCGAUCUGCAUCUUCAGGACAAACACAUCAGGAAGGCGACUCGGUGCAAGUGGUCUGUGAUGAGGGCUACAGCCUCCCCCUUAAUCAGAGUGGCAUCACGUGUGCAGAAAGUGGCUGGUCUGCGCCGCCCCCGACGUGCAGUCGUACCGGUUCUAGAAGAAAAUGCGGGCCCCCUCCAACCAUCGACAAUGGGGACAUCACCACAUUCCCAUCAGCUGUCUACGCUCCAGGAGACUCGGUGGAGUACAAAUGCCAGGCCUACUAUAGACUUCAGGGAAACAGGAUAGUAACAUGUAGUGACGGAAAGUGGUCAGAGCCACCCAAAUGUUUAGAGGUGUGUGUAGUCUCAGAAGAAAUGAUGCGAAAGCAUAACAUACGGUUAAAAUGGAGACGGGACACAAGACUUUAUUUGGAAUCAGAUGAUAUUCUUGAGUUCGAGUGUCGAUAUAGGUAUCGUGCAAGGUCACCACCCUCUGCAUUCCAGGUAACGUGUCAGGAAGGAAAACUGACGUAUCCCACUUGCGGAUAAAAUGAUGGUUAUGUUGCAGUCUGGACAUUGAAAUACACAUACUCAUUUAGAAUAUUUUACAUUCAUCCAAUUGUCUACUUUUUCAAGUGUAUGUUACCUCACUUUUCUUCAUAAUCAGAAUUUAUGUUGAUGUCAUUGUAAUCUGGAAGACUAGUGAAUCACUCUGAAAAGGAUCUCAUUAAAUGUGGCAAACCACGAUGCCGUGUGUUUUGU